AUGGAAAGAAGGGCCAUUCUGGGCCAUGAAGGGAGGGGGGACACAAAUGACAAUGUGUUUCCUGAAUCAGUGCGUGUGCUCUUGACCUGGCUGGAACGAGGUGAAGUCAACCGCCGGAAUGCCAACAACUUCUACUCCAUGAUCCAGUCCUCCAACAGCCAUGUCCGCCGGCUGAUUAGCGAGAAGAGUCAGCAUGAGAAGGAGAUGGAAGAGGCCAGAGACAAGUUCAAGACCGCAAUGGCCGCAUACUGGCUCAAUUUGAACAGAUCGUGUCUGUAUUCCACGCUGCUUCCAAACAAAAGGCAUGGGACCAUUUCUCCAAAGCUCAGCGGAAAAACCUGGAUAUGUGGCGCAAGCAGGUUGAGGAGAUUAGAAACAUGCACAAUGAGCAGCUUAUGGGAAUCAGGGGAGAAGAGGAGAUGGAGAUGUCUGAUGAUGACAUGGAGGACUCCUCCGCUACCAACAGCAAAGACUCUGAGGACUCAGACCUUUAGGAGCAGUCUUAAGUCCAAGCUGGGCCAUGAUGGCUCCUAUCCUGUCUCUCUUUCCUCUCAUCUGAGCGAUCACCACAUUGACAUGUUGUAUUGA